AUGACCAACACAAAUUCAAGUGCCGCAUGUUGGAUAGGCACCGUUGCUCCAGAAGAUCCCAGCGUGCUCCUAUGGACGGUAUCACGACCGCAUGCUGGUGUUACCGGCCGCCAAACUCUGCAGACAAAGCUUGUGUUGGGGUCAGCUUGGGGCCAAUUACAGCAAUCGCUUGCUGAGGCAAUCCCGGUGGUGGCGCGCAUCAUCUCUGCAUUCCCCGCACUCGACCGGACAGAGGUCUGGGCAGCAGCAUUGCCGGCUCAGAGAGUUGAUCAGGGGGUCUCCCUAGAAGCAGGCACAGCAGAGGCGGUACUUGGCAAAGGGGCGUUCUUUUGUGAGGAGUACCUUACACCAGAGUUGGCCGCAAGCUCCCUUGAGACUCAGAUGUCGGCAACAGGCCCUCAGCAGAUGGCUGAGGAGGAAAGCGAGGUCUAUUGUAGUGGCCCGGCAACGUGGCGACCAGUGGGAGGCCAGCGUGUUAGGCCCAAUCAUACUUCAAGUGCGCAGGCAGAUGGGUCUGGAUCAGCGGAUGACCUGGAGGCAAGCGUGGCAAAUGCCUCUGGGCAACCUUGCAGGAGUGCGGCUGCGCGAGGAGAAGCCAAGCGGCGAGGCAUCCUCCAAGAGGUCGACAGCGCUUCAGAUCUUGCCGGAAGGCUGCCGAGCAGGGCCGGGGCGGGACAGAGCAAGGGGAGCAAGCGUGGAGUUCUCAAAAAAGCAGGGGCCGGUCAGAGGAAGGGCCGCAAGCGUUUGGGCCCCAAAGGUGGGGCCCGGGCAGAGUAG